AUGGACUCGGCACUGGAGGUCCAGAGGGAGGUCCAGGAGGAGUUCCAGGAGGAGGUCCAGGAGGAGGUCCAGGAGGAGGUCCAGGGGGAGGUCCAGGGGGAGGAGCCCUCUCUGGUGGUGGGUGUGAGUCCCUGUGGCUCCGCCCCCCUGCUGUGGCGCGUGCAGGACCUGCGAGCCGCGAGGCGCCGCGGCAUUGUCGGGGCGCUGCUGGGUUCGCUCCCUCGAACGCCGCGGCAGAACGGACGCCUCGGGCGGCCGCUGCUGCUCCUGGAGGAGGAGGAGCGCCUCCUGAGGGAGCGCCACGCCGCCGCCACGCUGCCGGCGCCACAGCAGCAGGCGGGAGGGGCGGAGCCCCGGCGGCGCUACGAAGAGCAGGAGAGGCGGAGCUUCGCCGAGCAGAGCGUCCUCGCUCUGGAGGACCGGAAAGCAGCGCUGCUCCACGCCAUGACCGCCACAGGUCCAGAGUCUGGAACCGGGACCCCCGAUCAGGCGCAGCAGGACCGCCUCAAGGCCCUGGACCAGAGCUUCACCUUCCCUCGGUCCGCGCUGGCGGUCCAGAUCAGCACGGCGAGGGCGGGGCUUAGCCACUGUCCCGAGGCCCGGGCGUUCCUGAAGGCUGACGGGCCAAUCAGAGCCCGGCAGCAUCCUGGACAGGAAGCCAGGUACCAGGUGUUCUCAGACCUGCGUGGGCGGGGCUUCUACCUGACCUCAGCCGGCAAGUUUGGCGGAGACUUCCUGGUUUAUCCAGGGGACCCCCUGCGCUUCCAUGCUCACUUCAUUGCAGUGUGUGUGGGACUGGACGAGUCUCUGUCCAUCCUGGACGUCCUCUCUGUGGCUCGUCUGGGCUCCAACGUGAAGAAGACGGUGCUGCUCUGCUCGCCGGGUCGCGGCGGGGACGUCAUCUACACGUCCCUCCAGUGGAGCGGGAUGGUUUGACGGACCGGAACCGCUUCUACCGAAGGGGACGUUCUCUGGGACUCUUCGUGAUGGGAGUCCCCGAGGACACACCAGGGGUCCCCAAGGACGCAUUGGGAGUCCCAGAGGACGCACUGGGGUCCCCAAAGAGAUGUAGGGAGUACCUGAGGACACAUUGGUAGCCCCCAAGGACACUGGAGGUCGCUCAGAAUACAUUGGGGGUCCCUGAGGACACAUUAUGAGUCCUCCACUUGAAGAACAUCUGUCAUGGAAAGUCUUCACCUCCUCACUCCACCAGUCUGUUUGUCUUUGAGAACUUUUUUGUGAGCAAAUUUUAUUUUAAAUCCUCUGACAGGAGCCACAGAAUAACUGUUAUAUAUGAGCGAGUGAGUAACAGUCCACUGAAGCGCUCUGACCUCGAAAUAAAGGGAAAAAGUCCUGCAACGGAACAAGCGAUAACAGUCCUGACAAGAUCUGAAAACAGAUCCCUCGAUCUUUCUGAAAUAUUCCUGGUCUGGUGAAUUCAUCUUAAAUCAAGUGCAGUGAGACAUUUUCAGUAAAAGCAAAACAAACUUGGUGAGAUUUUGAGUUUUUCAGGUAAACAGAGACGAGUACUGUGUGAUCCAAAACAAAUGCUGGGAGGUGGAAAAACAAGUUGUUCUGACAACUGAGUUAAUCCUGCCAACAGGUUGUGGAAUUCAAAAUGGUUUCCAGUUCAUUCAGUUCUGCACUUUAAUUCCUCUCAUUUCUUUUUCUUACCAAGUAAUUAACUCUGAAAGAGAAGUAAUUCAAGAAGAGCUGGAAUCUGUUGUUGCACUUCUGACCCUGCAGGGGGCGCUGCAGGCCUGUGGAGGACUAGUGACACGAAGAAGAGAAUAAAUGGAAAAGUGAAGCUGUG